AAAACACGGCCAUCUUCAUGUGUAAAUGUUGCAAUCUUUUCUCGCCAAACCAGUCAGAACUCCUGUCUCACGUGUCUGAGAAGCAUGGGGAGGAAGGGGUUCAUGUGGAUGACAUCAUCAUUCCCCUUAGGCCUCUGAGUACUCCUGAGCCCCCCAACACGAGCAAGGCAGGAGAAGAAUUGUUGGUGAUGAAGAGGAAGAGAGGCCGGCCGAAGGGGUCCACAAAGAAGCACAGUGCUGAGGAGGAGCAAGCAGAAACAGUCGUGAGCCCAAGUGAGGAUGGGCCACUGGCUGCGGCGGAGGCGAGCGGCCUCAGCCCCCGCAGCCUGGAGUGCAGCAAGUGCAGCCGCAGGUUCUCCAACACGCGCCAGCUGCGCAAGCACAUCUGCAUCAUUGUGCUGAACUUGGGGGAGGAGGAAGGAGAUGCAGGCAACGAGUCAGACGUUGAACUAGAAAAGAAGUGUAAGGAAGAUGAUCGAGAGAAAGCUCCGAAAAGACCUCGGGCCCAGAAAACCGAGAAGAUCCAGAAGACCGCCUUGGGGAAGGAGGCCGCACAGCUCUCGGGAGCAAAGAAACCCAUUAUCAGUGUGGUUUUAACUGCCCACGAAGCCAUUCCAGGUGCUACCAAGAUCAUUCCAGUGGAGGCUGGGCCUCCCGAGACUGGGGCAGCAAAUCCUGAGACCAGCGCGGCUGAUCUGGUGCCAAGGAGAGGGUACCAGGAGUACGCCAUUCAGCAGACCCCGUACGAACAACCAAUGAAGUCGAGCAGGCUAGGCCCCACCCAGCUGAAAAUUUUCACCUGUGAAUACUGCAACAAGGUCUUCAAGUUCAAGCACUCGCUGCAGGCCCACUUGAGGAUCCACACCAACGAGAAGCCGUACAAGUGCCCCCAGUGCAGCUACGCCAGCGCCAUCAAGGCCAACCUCAACGUGCACCUGCGCAAGCACACGGGGGAGAAGUUCGCCUGUGACUACUGCUCUUUCACGUGCCUCAGCAAGGGCCACCUCAAGGUGCACGUGGAGCGCGUGCACAAGAAGAUCAAGCAGCACUGCCGCUUCUGCAAGAAGAAGUACUCAGAUGUGAAGAACCUCAUCAGGCACAUCCGGGACACCCACGACCCGCAGGACAAGAAGGUGGAGGAGGCCCUGGACGAGCUCCGCCUGAUGACCAGGGAAGGCAAGCGACAGCUGCUCUACGACUGCCACAUCUGUGAGCGCAAGUUCAAGAACGAGCUGGACCGCGACCGCCACAUGCUGGUCCACGGUGACAAGUGGCCCUUUGCCUGUGAGCUCUGUGGCCAUGGGGCCACCAAGUACCAGGCGCUGGAGCUGCAUGUCAGGAAGCACCCCUUUGUGUACGUGUGCGCCAUAUGCCUCAAGAAGUUCGUCAGCUCCAUCCGGCUGCGUGCCCAUAUCCGAGACACGCACGAGGCCGCCCAGGAGGCCUUGGUCUUCACCAGCUCCAUUAAUCAGAGCUUCUGCCUCCUGGAGCCUGGUGGGGACAUCCAGCAGGAAGCCUUGGGGGAGCAGCUGCAGCUGGCAGCAGACGAGUUUGUGUGCCAGGGAAUUGAUGUGCUUAAAGGGGAGGCUUGCUCCAAAGAGGCCCGGCCGGAGGAGGGCCAGAAGGAGCUGGAGACCCCCAUGGCAGCACCCAUCCCAGCCAUGCCCUUGGCCACCUCCCGGGAGGAAGUUACUGCCCUGCCGCCCUGCAAGCUGGAAACCUCCGCGGUGUCCUCAGACCUUCCCUCUCUCUCUGUGGUCUCUGAUGACUUCCUGUUGAAAGAUGAUACCGCCUCCCCAGAGGCGCACGCUGCUGACGGCGGGGCCUUGGACACCCAGCAGGAACACUCAGCCCAGACUCAGGGUGAAGAAGUCACACUGUUGCUGUCCACUGCCAAAAGUACUGCUCCGAACCAUGAGGCCCAGAGUGCCGAGAGCCCUCCGGGUGAAGUCCCACCAGCCACUGAGCCAGAUCUGAGCGGGUGUCUCAGGUCCGACCUAGCCCAGGCCUCAGACCUCCUCCCUCCAGGGGCUGGAGGUGGGGACAUUGGCACGUGUCAACCUGACUCCUCCAAAUCUGCCUCUGAGCACCGGUCUGGCAGCACUGCAUUUAUGAAGGUUCUGGACAGUCUUCAGAAGAAGCAAAUGAACACUAGCCUGUGUGAGCGGAUCCGGAAGGUCUAUGGAGACCUGGAGUGUGAAUACUGUGGCAAACUUUUUUGGUACCAAGUGCAUUUUGACAUGCAUGUCCGCACCCACACCCGGGAACAUCUGUAUUAUUGCUCCCAGUGCCAUUACUCCUCCAUCACCAAAAACUGCCUUAAACGCCAUGUCAUUCAGAAACACAGUAACAUCUUGCUGAAGUGCCCCACGGACGGCUGUGACUAUUCGACUCCAGAUAAAUAUAAGCUGCAGGCACAUCUUAAAGGCCACACCGAACUGGACAAAAGGAGUUAUUCUUGUCCUGUGUGUGAAAAGUCUUUUUCAGAAGACCGAUUGAUAAAGUCACAUAUCAAGACCAACCAUCCUGAGGUUUCCAUGAGCACCAUUUCUGAGGUGCUUGGGAGGAGGGUCCAGCUGAAAGGGCUGAUUGGAAAGAGAGCUAUGAAGUGCCCAUAUUGCGACUUCUAUUUCAUGAAGAAUGGCUCAGAUCUUCAGCGUCAUAUUUGGGCUCAUGAAGGUGUUAAGCCUUUUAAGUGUUCUUUGUGUGAGUAUGCGACUCGCAGCAAGAGCAACCUCAAGGCUCACAUGAAUCGUCACAGCACUGAGAAGACCCACCUGUGUGACAUGUGUGGCAAGAAAUUCAAGUCCAAGGGGACCUUGAAGAGUCACAAGCUCCUUCAUACGGCUGAUGGGAAGCAGUUCAAGUGCACGGUGUGUGACUAUACGGCGGCCCAGAAGCCACAGCUGCUGCGGCACAUGGAGCAGCACGCUUCCUUCAAGCCUUUCCGCUGUGCUCAUUGUCAUUACUCAUGCAACAUCUCUGGCUCGCUGAAGCGGCACUACAACAGGAAGCACCCCAAUGAGGAGUACGUCAACGUGGGCAGCGGGGAGCUGGUGGCUGAGGCACUCAUCCAGCAAGGUGGCUUGAAAUGUCCUGUUUGCAGCUUCGUAUAUGGCACCAAGUGGGAGUUCAACAGGCACUUGAAGAACAAACAUGGCUUGAAGGUGGUAGAAAUUGAUGGAGACUCCAAGUGGGAGCCAGCAACAGAGACUGGUGAGGAACUGUCCACCCAGUAUCUCCACAUCACAGAGGCGGAAGAAGAUGUGCAGGGGACACAGGCUGCUGUCGCUGCCCUUCAGGAUCUGAGAAACACCUCUGAGAAUGGUGACCGGCUGGACCCCACAGCUGUGAACAUCCUGCAGCAGAUCAUCGAGCUGGGUGGAGAGACCCACGACGCCACCGCUGUGGCCUCGGUGGUGGCCAUGGCUCCCGGGACGGUGACUGUGGUGAAACAGGUCACGGAGGAGGAGCCCAGUGCCAACCACACGGUCAUGAUCCAGGAGACGCUGCAGCAGGCCUCGGUGGAGCUGGCCGAGCAGCACCACCUGGUGGUGUCGUCUGAUGACGUGGAGGGUAUCGAGACGGUGACCGUGUACACGCAGGGCGGAGAGGCCUCAGAGUUCAUCGUCUACGUGCAGGAGGCCGUGCAGCCAGUGGAGGAGCAGGUGGAGGAGCAGCCAGCCCAGGAGCUCUAGAGGGGCCGACCUUACGAGCUCAGGCCGAGCUGCUGGUACCAUGGGAGACCACUCAUCCCUCCUGGCCCACAGGGCACCGCUCUCCUCUGCCCUUCCUCCCUGGUGGCCCUAGCGAGACUCUCUGUACCUCCUUUGGGUGGUCAGAGCAGUGGUUAUCACCAGCAAUAUACGACCCCAGACCCACACAGACACUCCUCCUACCCAGCAUCUGCCUGGCAUCCGCUCAGCAUCCUCAGCUUCCAGAAAGACCUCUGCCACUAGUCUCCUGCCCACCUUGCUUCAAGACCCAGAGUCUCCCGCCCCCAGCAGCAUCUGUGUGGAUCCCAUGCCCAGCCGAGGCACCCACGGAGGUGCCCGGUCUCGGGUGACCCACUGUGCAGCCCGUGAAAGGGACACAGCCUUCGCACAAGUGACCUUAGGGCUUCCAAGUCACCACAGGUGGGGCGGGCGGUCCAGAGCCCCUCUCGCCGUGCGUGCAGGGCCUGGGACGAAGGGAGGACCACCCCUCCCCAUCCCAGGGCCUCAGCCUACCAUCUUGGAAUUCUCUUGCUUUUAAAGGAAGUUGCACUUUUGCUCUUCACCCCCUGUUCUGAGGCAGUGGCGGGGGGUGGGGGGGCGUGUAA